AGAAACUAUAUCAUUUAUAUAAUGAAACAAUAUGUGGAAUGAAACUAUAUUACUUAUAUAAUGAAACAAUGCAAGUUAAAACUACAAGAAUUAGAAUGAAACUAUAUCAUUUAUAUAAUGAAACAAUGCACGUUAAAACUACAACAAUUGGAAUGAAACUAUAACAUUUAUAUAAUGAAACAAUCACUAUUAUGACAUCGUCGAAGCCUGAUCCGCCACGGUUAAAGUCACCGGCGACUGCCACAAGCCGUGCACCGUCUUCAAAUUGCCGGAGAAAAUUGCAGGCGACAGUGAAAACAAAGAAGCAGGAGAAGCUUCAAGAAGAAUCAUGAGAUCUGCAGGCUGUGCUCGGAGGCGGUGAAUGACGAGAUCGUGAGAUCGGAGAAGAGAAUCAGAAGCGAAGAAGCCGUGAAUUUCAAUGCUCUCGGCCGGCCGAAGAACCUGACAUAGGAGCUUAUCACCGCCAUGAAACAACUGCUUCUGAGGAGCCUCGACUCGCCGCGGUCGGGGCAUGUGAAGAUUUUACCGUGGUUUCUCUCUCGGGAACGGUGAAGUAAAAAAAAUCUACUGAAAUUAAAAAUAAUUGAACGACCUGCGUGGUAUCCAUAUUAAUGCGGGUAUGACCCGGGUGCACCGUAUACCUAGGUGCAACCAAGAGUGUCUCAAGUUGGUAUCGGAUCGUAUUAUAUAUAAUGAUAAUUUAGACUGGAGUGGAUGAUAGCUAGGAGUGAAGAUAGUCUCGGCGGUUCUGCACCACGGGCUCAACAAUCCACCACUACAAGUCCAUCCGAUGAGGAAAACCAAGGUGGCUGACAAAACAAGAGGAUGAAUAACUCUGCGUAAAUGGAACACAAGAACAAAAAUAUUGCUAAUAUAUCUGCACACCCAUGAAACCUAUAGCACCCACUUCAUCAUCAACAGCUCUGCCAUUAUAUCGUUGCUGCUGUUAUCCAUCCAAUAUUGUGGCCAAGAAGGGUAAGACAUCACAAACACCUUCUCCUCAGGGUUCAGAGCCAACACCUCCAAGAAUUACAUCAAAUGUGAAGCAGAAUUUGCAGUUCUUAAAAUUAUGGAAGGAGUUCAGAAAGAGAAAUUCCAAUACUCCGAAGCCGGCUACUAGCUACCGGAGGAAAAGAGUGGAGAAGGAUGUAAUGCCAGAAGAUACAGAGCUUUACCGUGAUCCUACUUUGAGCUUAUAUUACACAAAUCAGGGCAUAGAGACUGCAAUACCAGUCUUACUUGUUGAUGGUUAUAAUGUAUGUGGCUAUUGGGCGAAGUUGAAAAAGCAUUUCAUGAAUGGAAGACUUGACAUUGCUCGACAAAAGCUUGUAGAUGAAUUGGUAACGUUUAGUAUGAUGAGAGAGGUGAAAGUGGUGGUUGUGUUUGAUGCUAUGAUGUCUGGCCUGCCAACACAUAAAGAAAGUUUUGCUGGAAUUGAUAUAGUAUUCUCUGCUGAAACCUGUGCAGAUGCAUGGAUUGAGAAGGAGGUUGUCGCUUUGAAGGAUGAUGGCUGUCCAAAAGUUUGGGUUGCAACGUCUGAUCAUCUUCAACAAAAUGCAGCUAAUGGAGCAGGUGCCUUUGUGUGGAGUUCAAAGGCAUUGGUCACGGAGAUCAAAGCUUCUCAAAAGGAACUGGAGGAGAUGCUGAUAGAUCAUAGCGCUGAGAGAAGGUAGCUGAGUGAAUUAGGAGUCAAAAGAAUGCAUUGGGUAGUAGCAAAUUGCAGAAGUGUAGAAGAGGUCAGAAUUUGAUUGUGCAACUAUUAUCAGCUUCAUCACGGAAGACAUUGAACUGAAUAAAUAAAGAAAUUGGUAACUUGGGUUGGCAUCAUAUCAUAUCAUAAUUUGAAUAUUUUCCCCGCUCACUCAAACCACUUUCAUCAGUUUCUGAGUAAGUCAUUUGCUUUAUCUAUAAUUUGAAGUUCGAGGAGUGGCAGAUCCGACUAUGUUUGUUCGAAGCCACUUAUGCAGAAGUUAAUUUUUCGCUGUUUUUGCAGAUCGACUUCGAUGCAGGGUAGAUUGUUGAAGCACAAUCUGGAUUCAAAAGUCGUCGAUGCUCUCAAGGAUCUCAGAGAUAAGCUGUCUGAAAAUGCAUCAUCUAACUGAGUUGAUUUCUUCAUUGCGUGCCCUUAACAUAAUACCUAAAGCUUUAAGGAUGUAUGUUGGGAAAGUUUAUUAUAUUUAUUUAUAUCUAUCAAAAUGCAGCCCAUAGGAUGUUAUCCAACAUCUUACGUUUCUUUUAUCUGCUUCAAAUAUAAUUUAUUGUGUGCAUUUGUAUA